UCGGGGUGACACCAACCCUAGCGACGCCACUUCACCUGCUAGGUAUACAAGCCCGCCGCUCGGCCACUGGCGUCCUUAAGGGUACAUGUAAGACCCACUGUUUGUUCAUGGCGUCCUCAGGGAUAUAUAAAAGACCUGCCGUUGUGCCAUGGCGUCCCCAAGUGUAUACACAAGACCUGCUGUUUGUCCAUGGCGUCCCCAAGAGUAUAUAUGUAUAUAAGACCCGCAGCUCGUCCACUAGGGGUUAGUUAAGAGUAAGCAGGCAGCCUGUAUGUUUCACUCUUUACCUCUUGCGAAUAUGCGAAAAAAAUAAGGCGCUCGUUUAAAGGGAUUAUCAUUAUUAUAUACACUGAGAAACGCUAAACUUGUUGGGUUCAUAAAACAAUACGGAAUGGAAACUGAAAACAUAAAUAUUAAGUGGCCGGAUAUCCUUGUUCUGGUUCUCUACUUCGUGUUCGUGCUGGCUGUGGGGUUGAUAUCGUCAUGGAAAACUAAAAGAGGCAGUGUUUCCGGCUACUUCCUGGCCUCCCGCAACAUGCAGUGGAUACCAGUGGGUGCAUCACUCUUCGCCAGUAACAUUGGGUCAGGUCACUUCAUAGGACUAGCGGGGUCAGGAGCAGCCUCAGGUAUUGGCAUCGCCGCUUUCGAACUAAUUGCAGUUUAUGUGCUGAUGUUACUGGGUUGGGUGUUCACGCCGGUGUACAUGAGCUCGGGUGUGUACACUAUGCCAGAAUACCUAAGGGAAAGAUUUGGGGGCCAGCGGAUCAGAGUCUACCUCUCCUGUCUUGCUCUCCUCCUCUCCAUCUUCACCAAAAUAUCUGCUGAUCUGUAUGCGGGAGCAUUGUUCAUCCAGCAGACACUGAACAAGAACAGUGAGGAGUGGAUGUAUAUUAGCAUCUUGAUCCUGUUGGCCAUAGCUUCCAUCUUCACCAUCACAGGAGGACUCACAGCUGUCAUCUGGACAGAUUUUGUGCAGACCAUCAUUAUGCUUGUUGGUGCCUUCAUCCUCAUGGGCAUAACCUUCUAUGAGGUGGGUGGGUACGAUGCCCUAGUGGAUGACUAUUUCUACACCAUACCUAGCAAGACCAGAUACUCACUCAGAGAUAAUACCACUAACUGUGGGGAGCCUCCAUCCUACGCCAUGCACUUCUUCAGAUCCAUUAAGCCCGGGGAAUCAGACCUGCCAUGGACAGGCAUUAUCUUCGGCAUCACCAUCUCUGGCAUCUGGUACUGGUGCACUGACCAGGUGACUAAACUAAUCUGUGGUAAAGAAAAGGAUUUCUUGAUUUUUUCCCUAGCUAGGCAUUCAAUAGUUAAUUGGCAGGCAGAAAUACCAAUUAUGGAAGCAGAAAUAUUUAAAACUGUUCCCAUCAUAUGACUCAGUCUUGUGUCACCAGGACUGACUGGGUUGAUGUUGGCAGUGAUGAUGGCCGCCCUCAUGUCCUCCCUCACCUCCAUCUUCAAUUCCUCCUCAACUAUUUUUACUAUUGAUAUCUGGACCAGGAUCCGCAAGCAAGCAACUGAUGUGGAGCUAUUGAUUGUCGGUCGAGUGUUUGUGAUAGUGAUGGUAGUGGUGUCUGUCAUAUGGAUCCCAGUCAUCCAAAACUCGGCAAACUCUCAGCUGUUUGUUUACAUUCAGAGUGUCUCAUCAUUCCUGGCUCCACCCAUAUGUGCCAUCUAUCUCCUUGCUAUAUUCUGGGAGCGAACCAAUGAACCCGGAGCCUUCUGGGGUCUUCUUAUUGGCUUAAUUAUUGGGCUCACCCGCUUCUUGCUGGAGUACACCUUCAUUGCACCCCGGUGUGGAGAUGAAGACCAAGACAAGCGCCCUGAGUGGGUUAAGAUCAUUGUGGGGAAGGUUCACUAUCUUCACUUCCGAUGUAUCUUGUUCCUGAUUGUCUUGGCAGUGACUGUAGCUGUGUCCUUCCUUACUGAACCCAUACCUAAGAAAUGUUUGCACCGGCUGACAUAUGCCACCCGCCACAGUCAAGAGGUGCGUGUGUCCAUCAGGGAUUGGAGGAAUGAAAAAAAGUCCAUCGAUGAUAAGAUUCACCUUAAGUCUAGACCUGCUGAAAGAAACAUCUACAAAGCUACCAUACUUGCCAGUGACAUACAAGAAUUGCCUGUCUGGAGAUGCCGUAUCAACUAUGUGUGUGGGGUUAACACCCAGAAUAUCAGUGCCUCACAAGAAGAUCCUGCCAACCUAGAAACUCCAGAAGAAAAAGCCAGAAGAGCUGCAGAGUCCUUGGAAGAAAAGAAGCCUUGGACCAAUAUUGUGGAUGGUAUGGCCAUCUUUGUAAUGGCAACUGCUUUCUUCUUGUUUGGUUAUUACUCCUAGAUCAAGUUGAAUCAGUCUCUGGUGACUAUUGGCUUCUAGUGAGGAUUCUUCAUCUAGAUCCAGGCAGUCUCUUGAUAGCUGCUGACUUCUUGUGAGGACUCUAUGUCUAAGUCAAGUUGAAUGAUCUGUGACAGUUGCUGGCUUCUUUAAUUAGCAACAUUACAUCAGUAAUAAGUUUAUCUGUAUGUGUUGAAUGACAGGUCAUGGCAACACAUCAAGGAUUGAUUACAAAAUAAUUUUUGUAAGUCUGCAGCACUAUGGUACUUAUUUAUGUGUUACUUAUCAUUUAGUAAAGUGUUUACACGAAGAUGCUACACAUCCUACAAUGUUAUACGUAUGUAUUAUUAUUACGUAUAAUCGUAAGGCAGUGCUAAACCCACAGGGAUCAUACUGCACCUGGGAAUGGAAGGAAAUCAGGUUCAAUCAAAGGCUGGGAUGGAUAGGUCCAAUUUCUUAGAUUAAGAGACCCCUCACUGGCAUCAAGGCACCUCCCUUGAGGGAGGUGUCACAUCUAGAUACUACACAUCCUGUAGAAGUGUUACAUAUGGACACAUCCUAUAAUUAAGUUCAAUAUACCAAACAUACCUCAUAGUGUAUUAUUAUUAUAAUAAAAAAGAAGUGCUAAACCUACAAGGGUCAUACAGUGCAGGUGGUGUAUUAUUGUAUUUACAUACUUAACACCAGCAUGGAAGUCAGGGAACCUUGUUGUCACAAGAAAGUGGGCAUUAACAGACACAUUGAGUCAUGGAAUAGAUGUCACUUUGAGAAAACUUUAACUAGAAUAUUUUACUGGAUUUACUGUAACACAGGAGGGGGGGGGGAGUGUGUUAAUUGUGGCAAAGGGCUCUUGAUUUGAUAAAAUUGAAGCUACCAUCCCUUUCCUUGGGUUAACUUCAUUAGCUACUACUACCAUUCCCCAGGCACUGAAUGAAGUGUGAGCAAUUAUAAUUAUUAUAAUCGUGGGGUGCUAAACCCAUAGGAUUAUACAGCACGUGGUGGGGGGAAUGGAAGGUAUUCAGGCUCAAUUCAGGUACCAGAGCACAGAUCCAAUUCCCUAGAUAACAAGCCCCUCACCAGGAUCAAGGAACCUCCCUCGAGGGGAAAGUGUGAGCAAGGUAACAUUAUAUGAAGGAAUUCGGGGAAACUGGUUAGCUGGACUUGAGUUCUGGAGGUGGAAGUACAGUGCCUGCACUCUGAAGGAGGGGUGGAGGUGUUUGGAGGGACAUCUAAACUGUACUAUCAGCAUGCCUCUAGCAAUACAGUGAUGGUGAAAAUGUUUCUUC